AUGGGAAUGGUCAGUUGUCUUCUAGUUCUAUACAAAAAGAAUGGUGUAAUUGCAACGUAUCAUGUAAAAGACAAAGUUUGUAUUGAGACAUUCAUAAAGGAUGUUACCCAUUCUGUCUACUUCAAUGAGGUUGAGUACGAGGCGAAGUGUACAUGUGGAUUGUUUGAGAUGAAUGGGAUAUUGUGUAGAUAUGUGUUCAUUGUUUUCAAGUUUAAUUGUAUUCGUUCAUUGCUAGAAAAGUAUAUAUUGGACCGAUGGAGAAAAGACGUUAAAAGGAGAUAUGUUGUUAACCAAAGUAGUUAUGAUGGAGUUGUGGCGAGGCCGGAAGUGAGCAGAUAUUCAAUUAUAAUCAAGAUAUGUUACAAUGUCGCAACAAAUGCUGCGUCAUGUGAUGAGCAUAUGGAGGAUAUGAGUGAAAAGUUACAUGCAAUGAACCUUGUCAAUAGUAGCAACAAGCCGCCCCCAGAUUGCUUGGUUGCAAUCCCUACCGUCGACAUGACUACGGCUGGGAGUUCAAAGAAAGUACUCAGUCCCCUUGUUGUGAGAGGCAAAGGCAGACUGCCAUCGUUAAGGAGAGCAGGAAGGAUGGAGAGAUUGUACAAACCCAAUCUGAAGAGAGCUAUUCAGAAGGAAAAACGUAGAUAG